AUGGAGAUGUCAGAGACAAUAUUCCAACGUCUCUAUCUCACUUAUAUGCCGAUUUGUGUUAUAGUCGGUGCCACUGGAAACACCAUGGUGUGGAUCCUAAUCAGAACGAAUCGAAUGCUCUCGCGAUUGCCGACAAACAUCUACUUGCUAUGUCUGGCCGCAAUGAGCUCUUUGUUUCUCUUUAUGUUGUUUCUUUUCUGGCUAGAAGAAAUCUCCUAUAUAUACUUUGACGUACGUGGUCAGUACUGUUGCUUGUCGAGAAACCAUUUAGAGACUUGUAAGGUGAAUCAGUUCUUGGCGCAUGUUUGCGAUUUCACCAGUGUGUGGCUGAUUGUGCUGGUUAGCUGCGAGCGACUGAUGUUACUACACAGGAAGAAAAGGAGUUUGACAACUGAAAAAGCUUGCGCGCAGGUAGCUGUGUUGGUGAUCAUCGCCAUGCUCUUCAAUUGGUGGAUUCUCUACGUGGCUUCCAUUCAACACGGGGUCUGCGACGUCGAUCCUGCGUUUGACAGAAUUUACCACGUGAUGACCGCUUUGGAGACAGUGAUCUGCAUGAUUGUGCCUUCCAUCAUCAUAGUCACAUCGAAUGUCCUUGUCAUAUGCAAACUCAACGCUCAUAUCAGGGAGUAUCCUGGUACCCCAACCGUUUCAUUCAAUACGUCCGAGGCAGAUAUUCCUGUAACCUCAGCUUUAUCAGCACCCAGUCAGGCAACGAAAAGCUGUACUCGGAAUUUUGGAACUGUUCUUUCAGGUCUGCGAUAUACCGACGUUCAGCUCACCAGAUCAUUGAUGGUCGUUACUUGGGUGUUCAUUGUUCUCAACAUGCCGAAUUACAUUUAUCGAAUGGCGACGAACAUUCUAACAAUCGUAAUGCAGAAUUUCUCCCUUUUCGCCCAUUUUUUGCUAUAUACCCAUCAUGCAGUGCUUUUCUACCUCUAUAUAUUUUACAGUCCUCAAAUGAAGCGUCGCCUCCGUCCGACUGCUGUGAAACUGCUUGAAUGCUACUGUUUCAAGCCGAAUGGCGAAUUUAGCAAUAAUAGUUAG